AUGUUGUCGAAGCGCCUUCUCGUGGCUCUCGCAGCCUUUCAGGGCAUCUCUGCCGCUCCUACAGUCAGCAACAGCACGGUUGACCGGGCAAACCUGACGGUCGCUCUCGUUCGCACUUCUCCGCCCAAUUGGCCGUUGCCACUCACGAAUUACGACUUUACUGGCGUGACAUUCAACAUUAGCGAGGUUGUCGACGCAGGUAUCAAGUUGAUUAACGACGCUAAGAGCGCCGGCUCAGACCUCGUUGUCUUCCCCGAACUGUGGUUCCCUGGAUUCCCCAAGGGUUCCUCAAGCAGCCACUACAACUUCACCCGAGAUCACCUGCCUUCGUAUAUCGAUAACGCCAUCGUCGUCGGCGAUGCUCAGUGGAGCCGCCUCGUAGCUGCAGUCCAAGAGGCCAGCAUCUUCGCGAGCAUCAACUUUGCCGAGAGAGAUGGUGACUUCAUGUACAUGUCUCAAUCCCUGCUUGGCCCUAAAGGCGACGUAUUGCACCACCGCCGCAAGCUUCGUCCGUCCGGAGCCGAGCGCUACAUGUUCAGUGAUGGUACCACCGACGGUCUUAAGGUCGUGCAGACUGACUACGGUCGCUGGGGGAUGUUGGAAUGCGGAGAACACCUCUACCCUAGUAUGACCUUCAACAUGUACGUCCAACGCGAGCAUGUCCACCUGGCGCCGUUCCCAUACCUCGCCGGCGUCGACGACGAGACUUCUCUCUGGUGGGAGAACGAGUGGAUCAACACCGGAACCGUGGCAGUCUACUCCGUGCUGAGCGGCGCAUACUCCCUCACGUCCUCUGUGGGGGCCUCGUUUGUCACUGACCCCCUCGGGAACCGAGUGGCGUAUGUUGCUGCCAAUGUGAGCUUUGAGGAGGUUCCUAUUCUCUACUACAGCUUCAACACCACUAGCUUCAACAACUCGGCCACGUAUGACAUCAAUGGCCAGGCUUCGUGGGGAACGCUGAGUCAGAUGGUCGACAGCUUCCCGGAGUACGUGCCAAAGGUUGAGGGAGAAUUUGUGAAGCACAAGACGAACUCGAUUGCCUGGCUCAAGACUGGAGAGUUGGUCAUCCCCGAAGGCGCAUAA